CUUGUGGUUUCUUCCCUCAACAAGGCGUGGGCCGACGCAUUCCGCAGCUCGCCCGACCUGACUGGCGUGGUGUCGGUGUACGAAGACCUGCGGCGGAAGGGACUGGAGUUCCCGGCGGCUCAGCUCGACGGCUACCCGUCGGCUCAGCCUCAGAAGAAGACUUUACCUGRGAACGGGCCUGCUGUCACUGCUCUGUCUGCUGUGCGCCUGUGCUCUAAACCUCCUCUCAUCCCYGCUCACACCUCUGAGCUCAGACUGGCCCUGGAGGGAAACGGUGCCUUCACUCCCAGCCAGGUGAAGAUGCUGAAGACGGAGCUGGGCGUGGUGCGCAGCAACCUGUCCACCAUGUCGGAGAUGAUGAGCCAGCUGGACCCGGUCACGGCGAAGCAGGCAGACAUGGAGCUGCUGGAGCAGUUGUACACUGUAUGUAAGGAAAUGCAAGACAGGAUCGUGAAGAUCAUCCCCAGACUCAGCGAGGACAACCUGAUCGAGGAAUUACUGGCCACCAAUGAUGAAAUGAACUCUGCCUUCACUCGCUACCACAGGUUUGAAAGAAGAUUAACAAACGGUCAAAGCACAGAGCAGAAGAGCGACAACUACAUGAACCUGUCGGACCUUUAUUCACCCGUCAGCCAAUCAGGGAUGGCCUCAGUUAAAAGCGACAGCUCCCUCAGUCUGUCCAAGCCAGACAGUUUGUACAGUCUGAUGGCCAAGCUGAGUACAAGCGAAUCAGACGACAUGUUAUCGCAGAAAAUAAACAUCUCAAGUCAACAACUAACAAGUGCUGCGAAUGAAAUGACAGCGGACRAUGAGGCUCGAGUUCAGGACAGCAGUUUACAAAACUCCGGAUUGGAUGAGAGUCCAGCCUCGACCCACAGCUCUUCACCAAAGUUAGAUUGGAUGAUUAAAAGGGGAAUGAUUCCCAUCAACCAGUCCAAUGUCAUGGACGACGUCGAGAAAUGGCUAGAGCUGGAAGACGAGUACGACGACUAUGAAGACUCAGAGGGUGUGACCAGUGAAGAGUUCGACAGGUUUCUGGCAGAAAGAGCAAAAGCGGCGGAGCGCCUGCCGUCCCUGCGAGGCUCCUCACAGGACGCCAGCUACUCCGAGUCCUAAAGCCAUGCGGCGCCACCAGCCGGUGCGUCCCGACU